AUGUGGUAUCUUGAUAGCGGAUGUUCAAGGCAUAUGACCGAAAAGUCUAUAUUCUCCAUCAAACUCAAUGAGUAUAAUGGAGGAUUUGCGAUAUUCAAUGAUGAUGAAAACGGCAAGAUCUUUAUCAUAAGUAAAGUAGAAACACUCGAAGAGAAAGAAGAGAAGGGUGAGAGUCACCGAAACCCUAAGCUCACGAUCUCCACCGCCGUCUCCAUUGCCGCCGUCGCCGCCGCUAAAGUUAAUCUCCAUUCUGCUUUUGCUAUAAAGCUACUGAGAUCGAGCCAAGGCGCUUCCUUCAUCAAUGCAUUUUCAGAUCUAAUUGCAACGCCCAAGCCUCUGAGAUCGAGAGAAACCGCUUCUUCGGUUAACUUUCCUUGGGCAAUGACGCUCGUGUUCUCCAUCGACAUUCUAUCCUUUCUGAACUUGGCAUCAAAAGGAUUUUCCGGAACACUUUCUUCCUCAAUUGCCAAAUUGAAAUACUUGGUUAGCUUGGAGUUGCAGGACAACAAUCUUGCAGGCCCUUUACCUGACUACAUCGCCAACUUAACGAUCAUUGAAUAUCUUAUUCUUGCUGACAAUAAUUUCAGUGGUUCUGUCCCGGCUACUUGGGGCCGACUUGUUGACUUGUUUGUAAGAGAUCUUACUGCACUUUUCAUGCAUUUGUUUUCUGUCAUGAAUUGUUUCGAAUUUGCUUGUGAUUUAUGAUUUUGCUUAUCUCUGCCUUCAAAUCCACUAGGCAAAGACGGAAACCAGGGUUUGUAGCUGUAGUUCUUAUAAUUUGAAGAUAAUUCACUAUGAAGUUCCUCAAGUGUCCUUCCUUGGAUCGGUAAUUGUAGUUUCAAAUGAAUUUGAGUUGAAUUAUGGGAUUUUAUUACAUAAUUUUAGUAUAUUGUAAUUGUCUCGUGAAAUUUGUCCAGGCUUAAUGAUUUCUUUGGUGAUUUGAAUUUGAGAGAAUGUACUAUCAGAGGAUGCCUUGAAGCUUAUACUUGUGAGGAUUAAUUAGUGACUUUUAAGUUUCAACAGAAUGACUUCUAAGCUUAUACUAUCUGAAUAACUUGGUACCAUAAUGACUUAAUUUCUGAAUACUUAGUUCCUUGAUGACUUUGAUCUUAAAAGAAAUUGCCAUAGCUAACUAGAUGGAUGCCACGACAAUAAAUUGAGAAAUAAGAUUUUAUAUCAUUCCACCAUUAGCUCCAUGAUCAUCGUGAUAGGACCAAGAAAUCUCAUUGUUCAAACUCAUUUUUUUUAUCUUUGUUUUGUAUUCUUUUAUGUCGAUUAAGUUGUUGUUGUAGCUGAGCUUAUGGAGAUUUUAUCUGAAUAUGUCAAAGCUUCCUGAAUCCGGUGAGUCAUAUUGGUGUUUGCACAAAUCUCAUUCAUACCGUGAGGUAUGCUUACACGAUAUUUCAUUGUUUUUUUUAUAUAUUUGGUUAUAAUUGUGAACUACCUUUUUCAAUUUGGAUUUGGAUUUGAUUUCUUCCAAGUUCCAAUUUUGAUAUUUUCCCUUUUUACCCUGUUUACUGAAACAGGGUAAUUCAGUCAAUUCCCGAAUUUCAAGUUCCAAGCUUUCAAUGCUUCAUAUUUUUUUUCUUGUGUGUAUUGUUUGUGCAGCUGAGUGUUAAAAUCGUUAUCUUUCUUCUCAAUUUUGAUUUUUGAAUGCAUGGUUUAUUGCAGAGGUUCC